CACCGGGUGAUGACACUGCGGAAGUGUCAUGGCGGCGUGCGUCAUGCAGUCAGAAACCGCACUCUUCCUAAACUGUUUGUAUUGAGUCUUCCCGUACACGUCUGGAAUUCAUAUCAAAUAAUAAGGGAACCAGAGCGAUCUUGAAUUGGGGAUGGCAGAUUCAGGUUCAAAUGACCCCAGUGGUCAACGUGUGCCAACCCCUGGAGGAAGCAGUGCGGGGCUUCUGAUGGGCCGACGACCAGGCGGAGCCAUGACUCCCGGCCGUCUUCCCGCAAUGAAAUCCAGAGACCUCACCCUUGGCGGAGUGAAGAAGAAAACUUUCGCACCCAACAUUAUUGGCCGAAAAGUCAAAGAAGACACAAAACUUGAAGGUGGACAGAGGAGAGAGAGGAGGGAUGAAGGUCGCGGUAGAGGUCCCAGGGACAGAGGCAGGGGCAGAGGUCGCCCUGAGGUGAUCCAGUCCCACUCUAUUUUUGAACAGGGGCCUGCAGAGAUGAUGUUGAAAAAGAGAGGUGGUUAUGAUGGUGAGAGAGAUGCUCCCACUGUGGGACCCUCACCCAUCAUUAAUAUUAAAAAGGAGAAGAGAGAGACUGAGGAGGAGACCAAAGAGAUUCUGCGUGGUCUGGAGCGAGAUAAUUUUAUAGACGAUCCCUUCCUGAGGAGUGAGCAGAGCCGCUGCCCGGUCCAGCUCCCUCUUGCUGUGUCAGGAUGGGGAUUUAAGGAGGAGUUUAGUCCGGCGCCUGUAAAAAUUGAGAAGGUAGAUGAAGAUGCUGAACCAAUGGAAUCUGCAUUUGAAGUGAAACAGGAGCCAGUGGAAGCUGAUAUAAAGAAGACGGAGGCAGCGUUCAGGCCUCCUCCUCUCCCUGAACCUGAAGUUUUACCUGACCUGCUGCACAGGUGGAGUCUGAGCAAAGGGGACGAGCUGUUUUUCAUGCAGCUGCCCGACUCGCUGCCCGGUCAGCCCCCCACCAAAGAGCACAGGCCAGUUAAAACAGAGGUGCAGUCUGAGGACGGACAGUCUAUGCUUCUCAAAACAGAAACUCAGGAUGAGGAGGUGGAAGAAAACAUCUGCAAUCUUAAAGACCUGCGUGAGGGUCUGGUAGGAAAAAUGCUGGUGCGGAGGUCUGGACGGGUACAGCUCAUCCUGGGACAAGUGACCCUUGAUGUGUCUCUCGGAACAUCAUGCGCUUUCCUUCAGGAGCUGGUCUCUAUCGGUACUGAGGAACGAACAGGCGAUUUGACUGUAUUAGGGAAUAUCAAACACAAAAUGGUUUGCUCCCCAGACUUUGAGGCUCUACUGCAGAGCAGUGCUUGAUGCUCAUGGAGAUUGAUAAGUGGAUGAACUUGUGGUGGUGUUGUAAAGUUGACAAGAUGUUUACUAUUGCUAUGGACUUUAACUCUUGAACCAUAUACCAAAUACAGAUUUGAAGCCAUUGCUUUUUUGUUGUCAGAGUGGCUUAAAUUGCAUAUAGAAAUACACUAUAUAUAAAUAUCAAUUGAUGUGAAAAGGCAUACACACUAAGGGGUUAAAAGGUUGAAUUGUGUGCCAAACUUCUGUUAUUUUUCCUUCUCUAUAUCUUAAAUAACUUGAAAAAACUGUAGAUGGAUGUAUAUGUGUGAAUAAAAAAACAUUUUGUUAUUGUA